AUGCAUUCAAGUACUAUCAGAGAGAAGUAUUGUAGCACACCACCUUAUGCCCAGACUGUCACCAAAGACGAUAUACAAUCAAUGGCGAAUGUACUUAGGGAAGGUGAAAGAGCUUCACUACUUUGUGACACACUUGAAUCAAACAAUUAUGAGCCAUGUGAUAUGUUUGAAACAUCCUGUGCAAAGGCUCAGAGGACAAAGUCUAAGUUGGAUCUAGAAACAGUCGAACCAAAUACUGGCAAGCUAUUGGUUGACAAAGUUUUUACCUCUGUACCAUGUGAGCUUGACCAGACUGUUAAAUUGGGUUCGGAUGAAAAGAAACUAAUGGAAACCUUAGUGUUUGUAACACCUGAGCAAGCUAAGGACAUCUGUUUAAAAACUAUAUACCAAAGUUCCAGUGCACAAUGGUAUGUUGAGAGAUCAGUUCGUAUAACUGCAUCUGUAUUCGGGAAGGUGAUGAGUAGGCGAAAGACAGUUGAACCAAAUUCGAUUGUAAGAACUAUCACUGAGAAAACUAAAUGCCAAAGUUCUCGUAUGCCAGUUUCUCUACAAUGGGGUAUUGAGAAUGAGUCCAAUGCUGUAGAAAAAUACAAAAACUUGAGAAAUAAAGAAAAUUUGGAAGUGAAAAGCUGUGGUCUAGUGGUAAGUCCAAGAUGGCCAUGGCUUGGCUGCAGUCCUGAUAGCAUUGUUGUGGAAGGUGAUACGGUAGUUGGAUGUGUGGAGAUAAAGUGUCCAUACUCAAAGAAGGACAUGACAGUACUUGAUGCUGUCAAUGGAGAUAAACGCUUCUUUUUGAAAAACACUACCUCUGGCCUCAAGCUGAAGGACAAACAUGAAUAUUUCUACCAGUGCCAAGGGGACAAUGAACAUUUUAGGACUGCCCUGGCUUGA